CAUUCGCCAACUGAAAUGUAAACCUAACUACAUUGCCGUUCUAAAACCACAAUUUCCAAAAGCAAUAACUUGCGUUCGUUUUAUUCAAAGUGACAUAAUUAGAGAGAUGAAGCGUAUGCACAUUGUUUUGGAGGUAGACAAUUUUUAAAAAAAAAAUCUUUUAGGACCUUCGUGGUAGUUGAAACACAUGACAACGUGUCAGCCAAUAGAUGAGGUGGUUGAAUAUUCGCAUGUUUUUUUCGUUAGAGACAACACAGAGGGGGAAUGUUUUUAAAACCAUCUGAAAGCAGGAAGGAAACGAUAUACUGCUUGGGAGUUCGUUUUAAUAUUAAAUAUUCACUGUUGCCACGAAAGCGUACAGGUGUAUGAGUGUACAUACAGUAAAUGAAUACGCGGGAUCCAAAUCACUUCACACAGGUUUCCCCACCGUAUCUCACCAACCUACUGGUGCAUUAUGAGAAGACUGAUGCCUGAGUGCUGCCCCUAGUUAAGAGCUGUAAGAUGGCCAAGCCUGGGACUGACAGGGACGGCACCAUGGUAGAGAAACAAUCUGGAAGGAAGAAUAAGGAAAAGAUUUCAGCAUUCAAUAAUACUCCAAAGCUGGACCGAAGUGACCUGUUGGGGAAGGAGGUGAAGCAGAAGUCUUCCAUGAAACGCAAGCUUCCUUUUACCGUCAGUCCAACCAGAAAUGAGGAAAGAGACUCGGAUACAGAUUCAGAUCCAGGACACACAAGUGAAACCUGGGGAGAAAGAGUAAUCCCUCCUUACAGGACAUACUCAGAGAAAGAUGGCCCAGACAAGAAGAAAGUCAAGAAGGAGACAGGGAGCAAGAAGUCGGCUCCAGUCAGCAUUCUGUUUGGGUAUCCACUUUCAGAACGCAAGCAGAUGGCGCUUCUCAUGCAAAUGACAGCAAGAGACAACAGUCCAGACUCUACUCCUAACCACCCAUCCCAGACAACACCAGUGCAAAAGAAAAUCCCAAGUACCUCAUCCCGACAGAAGGACAAAGUGAAUAAAAGAAAUGAGAGAGGAGAGACUCCGUUGCAUAUGGCAGCCAUCCGAGGAGAUACAAAGCAAGUUAAAGAACUUAUCAGCCUUGGUGCAGAUGUAAAUGUUAAAGAUUUUGCAGGCUGGACUCCACUCCAUGAAGCGUGUAACCUGGGCUAUUAUGAUGUUGCCAAAGUCUUGAUAGCAGCAGGAGCUGAAGUGAACACACAAGGUCUGGACGAUGAUACACCUUUGCAUGACGCUGCGAGCAGUGGACACAGAGAUAUUGUCAAGCUGCUUCUCUGCCAUGGAGGAAAUGCCUUCCAGGCCAAUAACCGUGGAGAGAGGCCAGUGGAUGUUGCAGACACAGAAGAGCUGGAGCAGCUACUGAAAGGGGAGAUGCCUCUCUGUGAUGAUGAAGACAGCUCUUCAGAAUCUGAAGACCCACUUUCAGUUAACCCUUCCAGUGUGGAUGAUAAUAUGGAGGACUCUGAAGGUGAAAAGGACUCAGAAAACAAACAGCUGACCCCAACCAAAGCCUCCAUAUCUGGCCUGGAUGAGUAUGAGUUCAAAGACGAUGAGGAAGAGGAGGACUUAAGCAAAGCACUGAACAACCGGCAUAUUCUUAGGAGAGAGCUCAGACAGUGGGAGAAGGGAGAAAAAGAGAGGAAUCAUUUUCUUGCUAAGCAGGAAAGGACAGAUCAGCAAAAUACCUGCAAGUCAAAAAAGCAGAAAACCUCCAGAGUGCUUAUCUGCUGCUCUGAGAGCUCAGAUAAUGAUGAUGAUGAUGAUGAUGAUGAUGAUGAUGAUGAUGAUGAUGAUGAUGAUGAUGGUGAUGCACCACCGCAGGAGAGGAAGGUCUCAUCUCCAACUUGUUCCCUUGCAGCUGCAACAGAGGGUCACAAAACUGAAAUAAAAACUAAGAAAGAGAUCAGCCGAACAGCUGAGCAUAAAGAGAAGGGGAAGGUGAAAACAAAGUUUAAUAAUCUGAGUAAAAACACAGAGAACCAAGAGCUGAAAGACGAUGGCAAAGAAAGUACUAAGAUGACAUUUUGUUCUUCUGCAGCCGGACUGGAAACUUCAGAGCGGACAAAAGAGGAGGAUUCUUUUAAAAUGUCUUUUAGCCCAAAGGAUGACUCUUCAGUUCAUCUUCACCAUCUCCCAUCAGUAAAAUCUCCCAAGAUUAAUCCCAAUUUAUCUGACAAACAAUCUUCUCCCCUAAAACAGGAAAAUGUAUGCUUGCUCCCCGGAGGUUCAGAAGUGUCUUCACAGACAGGAACUGUCCCAUAUGACCCCUGUACAGACACAGAGAACACCAUUGAAAGUUCAACCAGCAAAGGGUUUAAGCACAAAGAGAAAAGCAAGCACCACCAGAAAGUAGAUGAAGAUGGAGUAGAUGAAGAGGUUGAAAUCUCCAGUCCGAGGAAAGAGGAUGACCUGGGGACUUGCUUUGCCAGUUUGGAGGGAGCCUUACGAAAGACUGAUAAAGAUGGAAAAGUGAUCAAAAAGCAUAAAUUAAAACACAAGGACAAAGGAAAAGACAAGCACAGAAAAGAACAUGAGGGGGAAAAGGACAAGCACAGACAGAGAGACAGUCACAAAGAAGCACCACAGAACCUGGAAUUUGAUCGGGAAUUCUGGAAAGAGAACUUUUUCAAGAGUGAUGAAAACGAUGAUCUGUUGCCAGGGAAAACCGAAACCAGUCGGACAAUUUCUUCAGAAAAGCUGUCCGAGAAGUCUGUCAAAGAAGAGAGAUCUGUGAAAGAAAAGCAUCUUGGCAAAGAGAAGAGGUCUAAAGAGGAACGAGAUAAAUCUAAAAAGGACAAGAAAGAAAACUUUUCUAAAGAAGAAAAGGGGAAGGAUUUGAACAAGAAUGAGCAGGAGGAAAGAACAGAUGACCCUGCUGUAGACAGGGAGUCUGAGGACCGUCCACAUGGGGGUGCUGCUAUUAAGGAGGAACUGGCAGAGCAGCCCUUUACAGAGAAGGAAACCAAUCAUGAACAACAUGACCCACAGGAAAAAGGCAUGAAAGAAAAAACUGAGAAAAGAUCCCUAGUAAAGGAAAAAGAUGCAGAAAAGAUGGACAAACAUUCUGACAAAGAGAAAAAAAUAAAAAAUGAACACAACCUCUUUGAUAAAGCUGAAUCAUAUGAUUGCACAGACAGAUGGAAAGAGAGUGAAAAAACAAGCUUCUCACAUGAACCAAAAACCCACAAGGACAGUGAAAAGCAGAAAGCUGUUUUGUCUGUCAGAAAGCCAGAAGACCACAAAAAAAACAAAGACAAGCCUGAAAAAAAGCAUGAAAAGGAAAAGACAGAAAGAGAGCGGUAUUUGGAUGAAAACAAGGACAAAGAAAAAAGUAUAGAGAAGAAAGGGAAGCCCAUGGAAAAGGGGUGUGAUUUAAGCAAACUAGACCGAGUGAAAGAAAAGGAGAAAGACAAUGAGAGAGAGAAAAAAAAGAAGGAAAAAAUCAAAGAUGUAACCUCUUCUUCAAACAUGAAAGUAAUUAUAGAAGAGAAAAAAGGCAUUGUGACAGAGAGCAGUAAGGUAUCACAUGAUAAGGCAUUUUCCUCAAAGGAUAAAGAAAAAGAUGUGUUGAAAACCCCUGAAAAAGACAGAAGGGAAAAAGACAGAGAGAUUGACCGCUACAGGGACAAACACAAGGACAAGACUCAACCUAAUAAAACCAACAAAGCAAAGACCAAUGAAGUAGAGGCUGAUAAGAUUAAACCUAAACCCUCACCUGCUGCCAAGGACACUCGACCAAAGGAGAAAAGGCUGGUCAACGAUGAUCUUAUGCAGACAAGUUUUGAGAGAAUGCUGAGUCUCAAAGAUCGUGAGAUCGAACAGUGGCAUCGGAAACACAAAGAAAAGAUUAAGCAAAAGGAAAGGGAAAGGUUGAAGCACAGGCCAGGGUUAGAGCUCAGCAAACUGAAAAAUAAAGAGGGACUAAAGAACUUGCCAACAGAAUCAUACAGUAAUAAAGAGCUUCUACGUUCUAAAAGCUCAGAAGUGUCCGAAGCUCACAGACGAGAGAAGCUGUUAAAAGAUCCCACAAACACAAGGUCUUUUUCCUUGGAUGCAAAACAUUUGCCAAGUGUCGGAAAAAUUGCUCAUGGUCUUGAUAAUAGCUUGACUCGCUCUCCCAGGCCAGAAACUGAAAAAUCAGGAGUUAUUUCUAGAUCAGUGUCCAUGGUUUCAGUGGCCAGUUCAGAGGAUUCCUUCCAGACUGCAGUAACAACACCUAGGCCAGUAACUGAGUAUGAUUCUGAUUUUACACUUGAUGGUUCAGACUCACAAAUGUCCUUCUCACAGUCUCAGUUUGUGCCCACUGCCAAAUCGCCUAUUAUUCAUGAAAGAGACGCUGAAAGUUUAUUUGACAUAUCUCAUCGCGUCAAACCCCCACUGUCCAGCAAACAGCCUCCAUCUUACUUAAGAUCGAUUUCUAAUGAGGAUGCUAAGCCCACUGCUCCUGACUGCAGAAAGCUUGGUGAGGAACGCAGGUAUAGUGUACCAACACCUGCUUAUAAAGAACAUUUAAGACUUUCUGUAGUAGAAAGCAGCCUGACCCCAACACAAGAAAACCAAAACAGUUUCUCUGCAGUGCCUCCAAGUCUUAGCACCACCACUUGUACAACAGAUGCACCAACUGUUGCUAGUGAAGAAAGCUCAUGCAUGACUGUUCCAAGCUGUUGGGCUUCCCUUCCAGUGUCUCCCAUGCCAAGCAGGAACAAGCACAAUGAUUGUAUUGCACUGCAGAGUAGUCCACUGCAUGUAAACCAUCCAGAAAUACAAUCGGAGAGUUAUCACUUAACCGAUAAAGCAUUGGAAAAAAAUAAUAAAACUCUAGGAACCCCAGAUAAGGAAGCUGAAAAGCCAUGUGAGAAAUUAUCAUCAGAAUGUACAAAAAAGGAAAGCUCAACCCCUUUAGUGAAUGCAUUGGAAAUGUUAUCUUCUCAGUUGUCCUUACCAUUGCUUCCAAAGGCAUCGUCUGAAAGUAGUAGUAACACAUGUGAAGCAUAUGAACUAACUUCCAGCAUCCAGAGAGAUGAGAUGCCCCAGAAAACAGACCAGGGCCAAGCUUCAUUUUCUGAGGAAAAAGGCACUACUUGUGUUCAUCCUGAUGUUGGUGCACUGUUAAGUACAAAUUACAAAAUUGAGGAGCAAAAUGUAGAAGCAGUAUCGAGCGAUUUGUCUGAAAGCGUAAUACCAUGUUGUCCGAAUAGCCCUGAACAAACUACCGAUCCUUCAUGUACCACUGAGCAACGAGUAAGCAAUACCAACACAGAACGUUCUGUGCAGAAAAUAAGUACAUGCUGUGAUGAGUUAAAAAAUACUGAAGAAACUGACUUGGAGACAGAUAAUGCCACUGGUAGGGUGGAAUCUAAAUCAGGUAUUGCAGAACAAACUGUUCUUGAAAGCUCAGGUACUUCUGAGUCAGAAAACUCUGAAUUUGCUCUGCCUAAGUCCCCAGCUGUUAUUGAGGCUACUUACUUAAGCCUGGAGGAUAAAGUAGGGAAACAUAUUGAUGCAGAAAGCAUGGAAAACAAACUUUCACAAGAAAUGCAAGACCCUCCAAAACCACCUUCAGAUAGUGCUGCCCAACCACAUCUUGUGCCUGACGUGAAGACAGAAUUAAUUGAGCAGAUGGUGGUAGACCUAGAAAUGGCUGAUGACAAACUAGAACAGCAGGAUGCUUCUCAAAGAGUCACCAGAACUGAAACAAAUUCACAAGCCGGCAUGAUAAAAGCAGCCUCAGUUGGUUGCCCACAAAUAUCUGAUACAGAUGGUGAUUCAUCAGCUUCCAUCAAAGCAAAAAUAAGGUUAACGGAGGACGAGGACACUCAGGUACAUCACCCACGAAAGAGGAAGAUGUCGAGAGUGUCACAGCCUGUUCAAGCAAACCCUACAGUGCAGCACGCUAAAGAGAAGACCCAGCAAUCUCUUGCAGAUGUUGUAGACUCAAUAAAGCUGGAUGAGAUUCAGCCAUACCAAUCAGAGAGGGCCAACCCUUACUAUGAGUUCUUGCACAUCCGAAAGAAGAUUGAAGAGAAGCGGAAAGUGUUGAGCAGUGUUAUCCCACAACCACCACAGUAUUAUGAUGAAUAUGUUACUUUCAAUGGAUCAUAUCUCCUAGAUGGAAAUCCUUUGAGUAAACUUUGUAUACCAACAAUAACACCUCCUCCUUCAUUGCCUGAACCCCUAAAAGAAAUGUUCAAACAACAGGAGGUUGUUCGAAUGAAGCUGCGUUUGCAACACAGUAUUGAACGGGAAAAACUCAUAGUGUCAAAUGAGCAGGAGGUUUUGCGUGUCCAUUAUCGUGCAGCUAGAACCCUGGCCAACCAGACUCUACCAUUUAGUGCCUGCACUGUUCUUCUGGAUGCAGAGGUUUACAGCAUGCCUCAGGACUCUCAGACUGAUGACAGCAAAAUAUCAGUGAGGGAUCGGUUCAAUGCUCGUCAGUUUAUGUCUUGGUUACAUGAUGUUGAUGGCAAGUUUGAUAAGCUUAAGACAUGUCUUCUGAUGAGACAGCAGCAUGAAGCAGCAGCACUGAAUGCAGUGCAGAGGCUAGAGUGGCAGCUCAAACUACAAGAACUUGAUCCUGCAACAUACAAAUCUGUCAGCAUCUUCGAGAUCCCAGAGUUUUAUGUCCCACUGGUUGACGUCAAUGAUGACUUUGAGUUGGCACCCAUAUGACCUGUGUCUUUUGUUCCAUGGGGUUUCACUCAAACAAAGCAUCCAUGAGCAACGGUGUAAGAAAAAUGCUACCCUUAACACCAAGCAUUGUACAAAGGAAUACAAUUCCCAAUUCAAGAGCACUUAACACAUCCUAGACUGUUGAUUCUUGAGGAGGGUGAGAGUUUAUGUGGAUACUGAAUAUGGGGUUCAUGUCCUAAACUAAAAAACAGAAGUCCAGUUUUCCCAUCACACUGUUUUAAUUCUUGAUGGUGGACGUAUAUUGUGGGUGUCUAGACAAUGUCCAAUUAAAACAGUAUAAUGAUACGAUAAUAGAGUUCGAGCUUGCUGUUCUAAGGAACAGGCACUUACUACAAGGGACUGGGAGUUUGUGCUUGCAGCGCUGGAAGCUGCUGAAUGACACAGAAAAGAAGAAUGGAUGUGUUCUGCAACAUGAAAGUAUGCAUACAUAUCUAUAAGAAGAUAACUUGGUACAAAGGCUGCUUUGUGGGAUACCUUUCCUCUAUAAAAUGUGGUUCUGUACUGCCACAGAAGUUAUUAAAAUGAACUAAAAAAUAAGUUAGAUUUCACAUUUAGUGAAGGUUUUCUUACAGACAGCUCUUAUAUUUAUUGUGUUACUAAUUUAUUUUAUAUAUAAUUGUGCAUUUGUAAAUAACCAUGUAAUUAAUUGUUUUUAACUUGUAAAAAAAAGAAAAUGAGAUGAAAUAGAUAUUUUGAUUGUAAAAGUGUUUUGAUGGGCGAAAGUAAAGUUUUACAUUGAGUGGCUUGUUCUUGGCUAAUUCUAAAGCAUGUGUUGGCUUUUUACUUGUUCCAUUACUGCAGAUGUUUUAUAUUUGUGAUGUGUAUGCUGUGCAUGCAUUACUGGUUUCUGUCUACAGAACUGUACUGUAGACUAUAAUGAGGUUUCGAAAACUGUAGUUCCAUUCGUGUUUGCCAUUUGUUUUGUCAUGUGCAUCACAAACUGCAGUUUCAUUUUCAAUGUAUGUAUGUUGACUAACACACAUUUAAAAAAAAAAACAUGUAAAAUGUUGCUUCCUCAUUUGAAAAAUGUUACUUAUGUUACUGACAUGGAAUCGCAACAAAAUCUAUUUUUUCAACACAAUGCCUUUGAACGAUGGUUCUCAGAUGAUAUAUUGUCUAUUUUAAUAUUUACUUGUUAAAUGGCAUGUACAUAUUUGUAAUAUAUUGUUGAAUACAUUUUACUGGU